AUGUCACAACCAUCGACACCUCCGUCGCCACUUCACCAAGCUUCCAGGUACCCAUCCGCAGCGCCGACUAUCCUGGCAAGAGAAUGUACUCCCAGGGCUCUAGGUCAAGGCGUUGAUCCUCCACCGAGCAACAGACCGUCGCCGGAUCUCCAUGACACUGCCGCAUCAUUAUCUGUCGUUGACGAGUCCCUCCAAGCACGCAUCGAACGUCUCGGCCGCGAACGCCCUCCGUUAUUUACAACCUGCUGGAGCGAAAUGAUCUUCAUCUUCAGCAUCUCCAUGUCUCAAUUCCUGACGGAAUACUUCGUCUCAGGAUUCCCCGUCAUCCUUCCAACACUUAUCAGAGAGCUCGACAUCCCGCAAGCAGCCAGUGUGUGGCCAGCGACUGCUUUCUCCCUCGUCAUCGCGAGCACCUUGUUUGGGCAUCUGGGUGACAUGUGGGGAGGAUAUCCCAUCUUCAUGUGGGGUCUUGCUUGGCUUCUGAUCUGGAGUGUGAUAGCCGGGUUCAGCAUUAAUCCCCUGAUGCUCGACUUGUGCCGUGCUCUGCAAGGGCUAGGGGCUGCUGCUUUCUUGCCCACUGGGGUCAUGCUCAUGGGCUCCUUGUAUCGUCCUGGGCCGCGAAAGAAUAUCGUCUUUGCAGUGUAUGGCACUUCAGCGGUAUUUGGCUUUUUCGGUGGCAUUCUCAUGGCAGGCAUUCUAGGUCAGUUCACCCGCUGGGGCUUUUACUUCUGGAUCGGUGCCAUCCUGACGGCAGUAACGCUGUUGACUUCAAUCUUGUCCAUUCCGCGCCCUCAUUCAAAGGACCAGCCUCCAAGCAAAGUCACAAUGGACUACCCUGGCGCGAUCACGAUCGUCUCGGGUCUCACCCUAGUCGUGUUUUCCAUCUUGCAAUCAGCACAUGCCCCUUCAGGCUGGAGGACGCCGUAUAUUCCAAUCUGCUUCGGAAUUGGUGUCCUGUCCCUUCUUGCUGCCGUCUACAUCGAAACACGCGUAGCUACCCAUCCUUUGCUGCCAGCUUCGAUCUUCACUACUCCUUGCAUGAGCCCUCUCCUUUUGGCCCUCUUUCUGCUCUACGGCACCUGGGGCAUCUUCUCCGUAUAUGGAACACUCUACUUCCAGAACACCAUGUCCGCCAAUCCGUUGCAAGUCGUAGCCUGGUAUGUGCCUCUCGGUGUUGCAGGCCUCAUUUUUAGCAUCAUAGAGGGCUUUAUCUUGCACUUGGUUCUAGGGCGCGUGCUAUUGAUCAUUUCUGGCCUUGGCGCAGUAGGGUCACAGCUUCUCAUAGCCCUGAUCCCACCCGAGGGGAGUUAUUGGGCAUGGGUGUUUCCUGCGGUCAUUUUCAGUACCAUAGGAAUCGAUCUGUCCACGAUCUUGAUGACAGUUUUCGUGACCACGACCUUUCCCACAGCACAGCAGGGGCUGGCUGGUAGCGUCAUCAAUUCUGUGCUGCAGCUAGGUGUAGCCUUUGUCCUCGCUUUGACGGACAUCAUCCAAUCAGCAACGGUAGAUGAGGCGGGACUGGCGAAGAGCUAUAAGAAUACGUUUUGGUUUGGAGUAGGUGCGGCAGCUGUGAGCUUGUUGAUUUUGGCCGUCUGGGGUAAGGUGCCUAAGGCCAGUAGUGAUUUGACCGCAGAUGAGAGGGCUGAACUCAUGGAAGAGGCAAUUUCUGAGCAGCGAAGAAAUACAGAGAGCAAAGGCAGUACCCUUAGAGAUACAUGA